AUGACUGACUUCAAGCCAACUAAGAUCUCUCUAAUCCUAGCAGAUCGAUCUAAAAGAAUCCCAAAAGGUGUCUUGGAAGAUGUUCCGAUUAAAGUUGGUGAUUGCAUAAUUCCUACAGAUUUCGUGGUUCUGGAAUAUGGAGAGGAACCCAAAGAUCCUCUUAUCCUGGGAAGAUCGUUUUUAGCUACAGCUGGAGCAGUAAUUGAUGUCAAGCAUGGUAACCUUGAUCUCCACCUGGGAGAUACCAUCAUGACUUUCAAGAUGGAAAAGCUGAAGGAUCCCACCAUAGAUGGUCAGACAUUCCAAAUCAGUGCAAUACCUGAAGUGAUAGUUGGAGAUCAGAACGUGUUUGAUGUUGAGAAGGUGAGAGAUCAACCUGAGUUGACGAAAACGUCUACAGAACCAGUGACUGCUGUUGAUCAGGAAGCUCCAAACAUUGCACUCCAUCCAUCUCCACCAAAGCAAAGGUACGCACUUCUUGAGCCUAAUCCUAAUUCUUGCGAUAUCAUCAAAACUGAUUUGAAAGAUGCAGAUUCGGUCUCUCGACGCAAGCUACGAGAUUAUCGUAGAACACUUGGUUUUUCUAUUGAUGAUAUUGCAGGGAAUAGGUUGAAGCCACCCAAACACAGAUCUCACCCUGGUGCUAUUCCUGUAUUCCUUGGACGACCUCAUGCGCACAACGCUUACACACUACCAUGGAUGAGACGAAUUUCACAGAGGCACUCUUUGCCACUGCCUGAUCCACCAGAUGCAUAG